CUCUUCUUCGCAGGUUGUUAUUGGACAACAUGGCGGCGCUGUGUAAGGUUGUACAGCGGUGUGGAGCUCGGUUCUCUUCCCCCGGGUUCUCCAGGUUCUCGGUCUCCUUCUGCUCGGAGUCGGGCGGCGACCAGCCCGCUUCCUCCGCUCCCAGCUCGGGCUUCGCCGCUGCCUUUGCCCUUCAGUCGGAGCUCCAGCGGGAGGCUGAGCGCUCCGAGGCCGGCAGAGGAGGCUCCCCUCCCGGACACGAGGAGAGCUUCUCCUCGCUGCUCCGCCGCUCUCCUCUCAUGCAGCUCGGUCCAGCCAAAGGCAAGGUGGUCAUCGGGAGGAUCUUCCACGUGGUCAAAGACGACCUGUACGUAGAUUUUGGGGGGAAGUUUCACUGUGUGGUGCCUAGACCGCAGGACGGAGAGAGGCUGCAGCGGGGAAGCAGAGUCCGUCUGCGGCUACAAGACCUGGAGCUCACCGCCCGGUUCAUCGGAGGCACCACGGACACCACGCUGCUGGAGGCCUCGGCGGUGCUGCUGGGACCGGCAGAGGGGAAGGAAAGCCAGGGCAGGGACCCACAGGGCCAGGACUGACCGAGGGAGACAGUCACCUCUGGAUGGAGUUAAAUCACCGAGAGAGAGACUUGGAGCUGGAUGGAGGCUAUUAAAGGGGGCCUGGUUGGACUCUGAAGAACUGACCUUUGACCUCUCUCUAAAGGAGAUAAACUGAGACUGGAAACUUCACUAUGAAGCAGAAACUGUGCAGACAGUGAAGCUGAAUCCUCCUGGAUGUUCAGUGAUUUAUGGACUAAAUAUUAAAUAUUCAGUUAUAAA